AUGACUGUCACGCAAGAACAGGCGGUGCAGGAUAUAGAAAAUGAGUGGGAUCGAGAAUUAUCCGGCCUAUCUGCCCAUCGCGUGCUCUCAACACGUGAAAAGCUUUUGACAGUGUUUGUUGCUUCCCUGGCGACAUUUAUUUCCCCAAUAUCAGCGAGCAUUUUUUAUCCCGGUGUUGACGCUUUGGCGAGGAACCUGCAUGUGUCUAACACCAUGAUUAAUUAUACCAAUACCUCAUUCAAGGUGUUUCAAGGAAUCGCUCCAUUGGUGACUGGGAAUCUGUCAGAUCGAAUUGGACGUCGCACAGUUCUAAUCCCAAGUUUGAUCUUCUACGUCGCAACCAAUUUUGGACUGGCUCUCCAGACAGACUUUGCCAUGUUGAUAGUCCUUCGGUCCUUACAGAGCAUCUGUUGCAGUACGAUCUCAAUUGUGGGGACUGCAACCACGGCGGAUGUUGUGGCAAAGACCGAGCGAGGGAGAUAUCUAGCUUACACAAUUCUGGGGGCUACAGUUGGUCCUGCGCUUGGCCCACUUAUCGGAGGCACACUGUCCCAUUUUCUGGGAUGGCGCAGCGUUUUCUGGUUCCUUGUUCUCUUUGGUACAGUGGUUCUGUCAGUCACUGUGUUAUUCCUUCCGGAGACGUUUCACCGCAAUCCCCCUCUUCCUAGACAGACGGGGUGGGUAUCUCCGACGCAAUCACCCGGCAGUUCUAGCAAUAAAGGUUCGGACCAGACGAUUGAGAACUCUGGGAGAUAUAUCAGCCCUUGGAGUACGAUAAGACUUCUUCGAGAGAAGGAGACUGCGUGCAUUGUUUUCUUCAGUGCUAUCUUUUACGCUUGUUAUCUCUCGAUCACAACAACGUUACCCUAUGAGCUUGGGGGGCACUACAGCUUGAAUGCGAUGCAAAUUGGGAUUUCCUAUCUUCCAUAUGGACUUGGGAGCUUGACAUCCCGCUGGACAGCUGGCUCACUAGGUGAUCUGAACCUUGCCCGUCUUGUUGCCCGCUCACAAAAUACGCGCAACGAAGUAGAAUAUCUCAAUGGUGAGCCUCCAUUUGAGAAAGCUCGAUUGCAGGUCACCCUCCCAUUGGCAUACUCUACUGCAAUCUUUGUUGCCGCCUAUAGCUGGGUCAUUAAUUACGAAGUUCAUGUCUCCAUACCGCUGGUUAUGCUCUUCUUUAUUGGGCAUGGCAUGGCUGGUGUAAGCAGUACCCUGACCACCUUGGUUAUCGACUGCCAUACCGAAAGGCCAGCCACGGCGAUGGCGGCAGCAAAUUUAGUGCGAUGUCUUUUGGGAGCUGGGGCCAAUGCUGCUGCUAUUCCUUUAAUCAAUCUAAUCUCCAUUGGGUGGAUGGGCACUCUGUUUGCUUUCACUUGUAUAGCAUCUACUCCGUUGAUAUGGGUGGUAUAUGCUUGGGGGCAUAAAUGGCGAACAGAAGGACAUAUUGCUAUUUAA